AUGCUUUCCUGCUUAGUCUUCCUUUACCUCAUCUCCAGGGGAGCUCUGGCUGCCACCUGUCCCAGUCUCCCUUCAUCACCCCAGCUGCAGGCCAUCAGCACACUCCCCGAUCCCUUCUCGUGGUAUCCGCUGCAGCAGUCCGGUCGUGUUACCACCCUUUCCGACUGGCAAUGCCGCCAGAGCCACAUUAGCACCCUCCUCCAGCAGCUCGAACUCGGCACCAAGCCUCCCGCUCCCUCCAGCGUAACCUCCACCUUCAGCCAAAACAAACUAACCAUCACCGCCUCCAACGCCGGAAAAACCAUCUCCUUCACAGCAACCAUCACCUACCCCUCCUCAGGAGCUGGUCCCUACCCAGCAAUGAUCGCCUACGGGGGACUGAGCAUCCCCCUCCCACCGGGCGUAGCAACCAUCACCUUCGACAACAGCCAAAUCGCGCAGCAAAACGACCAAAGCAGUCGGGGGAAGGGCCUCUUCUACACCCUGUACGGCGCCAACCACCCCGCCGGCGCAAUGAUGGCCUGGGCCUGGGCCACAUCCCUCAUCAUCGACCGUCUCGAAGCCACCCCCGCCGCGAAAAUAAACACGGCUCGAAUCGGGGUGACGGGGUGCUCGCGGAACGGCAAGGGCGCACUAGUCGCUGGGGCAUUCGAUUCGCGGAUUGCACUCACCGUCCCGCAGGAGUCCGGCACGGGGGGUUCAGGAUGCUGGCGGCUGGCGGCGGCGUCUGAAGGCGCGCCGCAGAACGUGCAGACGGCGGGGGAGAUCGUGCAGGAGAAUGUCUGGUUCUCGACUGCGUUCAAUACCUACGCGAAUAACGUGAACCAACUACCGUUCGACCACCAUAUGCUGGCUGGGUUGAUUGCUCCGCGCGGCCUGCUGUCCAUUGACAACGCGGGGUACCAGUGGCUAGGCCCGUGGUCGUCGCUGGGAUGUAUGGGGACGGCGAGAUUGAUUUGGCAGGCGAUGGGGGUACCGGAUCGGAUGGGGUACUCGAUGUCGACGAAUCAUCCGCACUGCUCGUUUCCAGAUCAGCAGCGGGAUGACUUGUUUGCGUUUGUUAAUCGGUUCCUCCUGGGGAUGGAUGUUAAUACCACAGUGCAGAAGAAUUAUGCGGGGAUUGCGUUUGAUAGCAAGCCGUGGGUGAACUGGCAGGUUCCCACUUUGACCUGA